AUGCGCCGGCGACCGGGGCGUCACGGCGGAAAUUACUCGAUGGAGGAGCCCGAGGCGCUCUUCGCACGGCUGCCACAGGCAGACUCGACGUAUGCGAGAAAGGUCGAGCAGGAUUUGUGGAAGGACGAUCAGGGGCACAGGGAGGGAUGGGAGGACGGCACGCGCACUUGGAGCACUUGGAUUCCGACACUGGAGGAGUUCGAGCGCCAUCGGCAGCUCCAUCCCGACGACCCGGGCGCGCACUCCAAUUAUGGCGCCGCGCUCCGCUCAGUCGGACGCUACUCUGAGGCGCUCGAUGCGAUCGACGAGGCGCUCCGCCUCGAUCCAGACUAUGCGCGCGGCCACAAUAACCGCGGCAACGUUCUGCAGUCGCUCGGCGGCACCGAGCGGCUCGAGCAGGCUGUCGCGGCGCAUGCACGCGCUUCGGAGCUGGACGCGAGCCUGCACACCGCGCACAACAACCGCGGCAACGCGCUCCGCUCACUCGGCCGGCUCGACGAGGCGGUCGAAGCCUUCCGCGCCGCCAUCGCAAUCAACGCCGA